UUUUCCUAAUUAGGCCCAAAAUCGGAUUACUACGAAAGCCUUUAUUGAAAUCCAGGUACGGAAGAGUGCGAUUUCUGAGAAGAGAAGGAAGAAGAAGAAAGAAUGGAAGGAGAGGAAGGAGGAGGGAUAAGGCUGAGCAAGAGAUUCAAUGAUAACAAGAAUGGUAGUGAGGUUGAUUACAAAACCAAAGCUGGUACUGCUUGGAGCCAUUCUUAUCUCAACCAGAAGCCUUGGCAUCCCCUCUCCUAUCCUAACCAACGCCGCAAGUGGAUCGCUGAACAGACCCACGCUCAGCGCCAACGUCGCGCCGAAGAAGUUUCCCGCGAGUAUGCUCAAGAGCAGGAAUUCUUCCGCCAGACAGCCCUUAUCUCCAAGAAAGAGAAGGAAAAGAUAGAGAUGAUGAAAGCUGUUAGCUUCAUGUAUGUUCGCCCACCUGGUUAUAAUGCUGAAAGUGCCAAGGCUGCAGAGAUUGCUGACGAGAGGAAAAGAGACGAAGAGGAAAAUACUUUUCAGCACCCACCAGCGGAGGGAGCCUCCUCUACAAUGCUUCCAGAAUCAAUUCCUAGCAGAGAUCACUUGGGAGAAGAAAAGAAGAAACCAAGGCCUAAAGAUGUUUUUGGUCGCCCUGUUCCAACUGAAGAAGAAUUUGAAGUCCUCAAAAAUGCUCCACGACUGGAAACAGGUGUUGCUGCAAGGGUGAAGCCAUUUGGAAUUGAAGUACGUAACGUAAAAUGCUUAAGAUGUGGUAACUAUGGUCACCAAAGUGGAGAUCGCGAAUGUCCAUUGAAAGAUGCUAUAAUGCCUAAUGAAGAGAGUAGAUUAAAAAGAGAUGAUCCCUUGACUGCUAUCAUGGCUCAAAUGGAUCCUACUGAGCCGUUAAAGUGGGAGCUGAAGCAAAAACCAGGUAUGAGCCCUCCUCGUGGUGGUUUCAAUCCAGAUGAUCCUAAUCAGCAAAUUGUUGCUGAGGAUAUAUUUGAUGAAUAUGGAGGGUUUCUCGGUGGUGAUAUACCUCAGUUGCUGACCAACUUUUCCCCAAAGAAAUCUAGGAAGAAGUCAAAAAGGCACAAACACAAGAGGGAUUCAUCACCAAGUAGAGAAUUUAGGGCUCCUCGAGAAAGUGGGUUAUCAUCACCCUCCAGUGAUCAAGAGAGGAGAUCAAAGAAGUCUAAGAUGAAGAAGAAGCUGAACCAUUCUGAGUCAAGUCCAUUUGAUGAUCUGAACUUUGAUGGGGAUUCCAAGAAGAGCAGACACAUAUAUUAUAACUCAUCUGAAAAUUCUGAUGGGGAUAGGCAGAAUUGGAGUAAAAGGAGCAGGUAUAAACAUUAUUAUUCUUCUGAAGAGUAUGGUGGGGACAGGCAUCAGAAGAGUAAAAAGAGCAGACAUAAACAUUCUUAUUCAUCUGAAGAUCCUGGAAGCGACAGGCAUCGGAGUAAAAAGAACAGGCAAAAGCAUUCCAAUUUGUCUGAAGAAUCUGAUGCUGAUGGGCAUCACAGAAGUAAAAACUCAAGGAUGAAGCAGCGAUCUUCAUUUGAACAUUCCCCAGUUGAUAGGCAUCACAAAAGGGAAAAGAAGCAGAAGCAAUCUUAUCAACAUUCAUAUGAUUAUUCAGAUUCUGACAAGCAUCGGAAAAGUAAACACCGUCCUCACCAUCAUCGUUGAUCUUAUUCUUUGUCAAAGCUAGUGUGCAGAUGUCUUACCUUUCCAUUGAAAGUGCUAGAAGAGCAAAUUUCAAGUGUAAUCAAAGUCUUUGUGAAUGCAUCAGAAUGUCAAUGCUUUGUUGAGAAUUCUGUUGUGUGAUUAAGCAAUUCUGUAGAAGUCGUUUUGAGCGAGUUUGCGUCGUGUAUACCUCCUUAGCUGAAUACGUUUGGCAUAUCAUCACACUCAUAAUUCUUUUAGUAUUGAGAACUUCUCAUCCAUGGUUAUAGAACACAGAAUUGAGGUUAGAUAUAAAUAUAUACUUCUUUUUACUUUUGUCAA